AUGCAGCCUGCUUUGGAAGGCAUUGAUGAGCGUAUUGAGGAUAAUAUAGCUAUGGCUGAAAAGCUUAAGGAAAGAGUUGCAAGAAUCGAUGAUAAUGCUUGGCGGAAGAUCUAUGAUUUUGAGAAGAGGAGCAAGGAUUUGGAUGAGAUGGUUCGUAAGCAUGAGGAUGAGAUGUUCAAAAUGAGGGAGGAAAGAACAACUCUUCGUAAGCAGGAAGAACGUGACAAUGACACUGUUAACAGAGCGUGUGCUAUCAUCUACAAUAUUCUGCUCCAACAUUGCGACCAUUAUCGUGGACGUUUGGCAAUGGAGUCAUUCACCAGAAUUCACCUCUACAGCAUGGAAAUUCUGGAGAUGUUGAGGAACAAUGGCACAAUGAAGCAAAUUGUUUUGCUGUUACAGUCUGAGAUUGAUAUUGAAGAGCAGAAGCAGUACCAGAAGCAAUUCGAGUUGCUAACUCAGGAUUUCCAAGAGAUGAGCAAUUUGAAUGAGGAGCUCUUCUCUCAAAUCAGACUCCAGAAUCCAGACUUUAAAAUGCCAUUGGCUGAAUAA